ACCAAACGGAGCCGAAGAACAUCUGUCCUACACAGAAGAACCGGCUGGACGCUACCAUCAACACCACAUCAGCAGUGAGGUCAGCAGUGAGGUCAGCAGUGAGGUCAGCAGUGAGGUCAGCAGUGAGGUCAGCAGUGAGGUCAACCCGGCUCCAGCCGUACACAGAGAGAGGAAGAGGAGGAGAUGGGAGGAAGAGUGUGCAGGGAGGAGGUGAAGGAGGAGAAAAGGCGGAGCCCGGGCAGAGAGGACAGCCUGACGUCUGCCGACAAAAUCAGAAGAUUCACCAAGCAGUCUGGACACAACGUCCUGAGCCUGGCCCGCCGUGGACUCAAGGACGCUCCGGGGGAGCUGUGGGAGCUGCUGGAGCUGGAGAAGCUGAACCUGUCCCUCAACAACCUGAAGGCGCUGCCGCCUCAGCUGGCCCUGCUGUCCAACCUGCUGGUCCUCAACCUGUGGGGGAACCAGCUCGGCAGCCUGCCGGCAGAGAUCGGCCAGCUGAGGAGACUCCGGGUUCUGUUCGUCUACAGAAACAGACUGACGGAGGUUCCUGAGGAGCUGGGGGCCUGCACACAGCUGGAGGUCCUGAGUCUGGCCAACAACCAGCUCUCCUCUCUGCCGGCUUCUCUCUCCAACCUGACCAGACUGAGGAAGCUCAACCUCAGCCACAACCUCAUGGCUCAGCUGCCAGGCUGCAUCUACAGCAUGAAGGCCCUGGUCUUCCUGGAUCUGUCCUGCAACCGUCUGGAGAACGUGGCAGAGAACAUCCAGGCUCUGCUGGAGCUCAAGAUCCUCAUCAUGGAGAGAAACCAGCUCCAGUCUCUGCCCAGAGGCCUCUGCUUCCUCACCAGGCUGGAGCUGCUCAACCUGGACUUUAACCACAUCAGAGACCUUCCUGAGGAGAUGCACCAUCUGUCCCGGCUGGAGAAGCUGGCCUGCCAUCCUCUGGACAAAGGUCUCCACAUCGUCCACAACCCGCUGAUGAAGCCCCUCAGGGAGGUGAUGCAGGGAGGACGGGCGCUCUUCAAUUACCUGAGGUCAGGUGGUGAAUAGGGGGCGGAGCCUUUGAACCCUGGGGGCGGAGCCUCUGAACCCUGUGGGAGCCUCUGAACCCUGUGGGCGGAGCCUUUGAACCCUGGGGGCGGAGCCUCUGAACCCUGGGGGCGGGGCCUCUGAGCCAUGGGGGCGGAGCCUCUGAACCCUGGGGUGGAGCCUCUGAACCUUGGGGGCGGAGCCUCUGAACCCUGUGGGCGGAGCCUCUGAACCCUGUGGGCGGAGUCAGUUCCCUCUUGAGGAUGGCAGCAGAGCUUUCUGAAAUCAUGGUGAAGAAUUUUGGAGGAACCAGAACUUCAGACCUACUUUGGUCCUGCAGGCAGUUUUCACCCACCUGAGGGACAGGUGAAGUGGGCGGAACUUCUACAUUUCAUUAUGGGAUGUAUGGAAGAAACAGCAGCCAACUUGUUGGUGCUCUUGCUGAUGUUCUUCACUUUGGAAACAACCACAAAGCAAACAGAACCGUCUCAGAACCUCUGGGCCUCUGGGCUGUCACUGUUAUUUCUAUUGUUCCUGUUAUUGAUACAGUUAUUGAUACAGUUAUUGAUACAGUUAUUGAUACUGUCCAUGCAGAGGGUCUGCGCUGGAGGCCAGGAAGCAUGAAAUGAACUCAGCAUGUAACGACUGAGAGCCGUCAACAAGGACGGCUCCGGUUUCCCUGAUGGUUUGUUUUGGAUCAGUUCUGUAAGUGAACAUUGUUCAACUCCUAAGAUCUGAUCACUAGUAUUUAUCACAAUGCUGAAUCUUGAUUUCCAAACAUCAAUAGAAUCAUCUUUGACUUUUCUACCUGAAACUUUGCAAAGUUUUUAGAAUAAUCUUUGCUGUCCCUUUUUUUGCAGGUUCUCUGACUGGCAAGUAAAUUUGAACUUAUUAUCCAAAAUAAGAUAUUUGCAGUUUUCUACUGUCUGACCUUAUAUUACUGUUUGAGUCGUGUUAUGGAGCUUCAGAUCAAUGUCCUUUGUUGUCUGUAGACGUAAUAAAAGCAAAGCUUAAUAUUAA